CGGAAACAUGAAAAGUGAAAAGUUUCAAAUUACUGUCUCUUUCAUCUCUUCAACACUAAUAGAAAGAGAUAGUUACAUGAAACUUAAUUUUCACUUUUUACGUUUCUAAGAAAAAAGUUACACGAUUGUUGCCCAGGAGACACCGUGGCGCAGAAGGAAUAAGUACGCAAAUUGUUUUGUUUAUAUACUUACUGUGAAAAACAAUUCGAGUAGAAUCAUGAAACAUAUUUUAGCAUAGACACUUAUUUCCAAUUUUCAUUAAAAUCAAACAAAUAUUAAAUAAAAGAAAGAAAAAACUGUUUUGAAGGCAAUCGAGUAAAGUUUUAGACGUUUCGAAAUUUUCUCCUGACAUUUUAUAUCGUGCAUGAAUGAACUUAAGUAUUGUAAUUAUUAUUAAUUAGAAAUUUCUUGUAGAUAUGCAAUACAAUGUCUUAUAUAAUUAGAGUAAAUUUUAUCCUUAAAAUUAUUAAAUUGCAUAAAUAAAGAUAGAGCAGAUUCGCUCAUUUUUCUUUGGCAGCACUGAUGAACUAGUGUACACUUGUACACUCUACUGGUGUAAUUACGCGCAAAGAAAUAAGGUUAGUAAUCUGUAAAGCUAUAGUGAGCUAUGGUUCUCGUGACGCGUGUUAAUCCAAUAUCAUUUAUUAAUAUUGAAUGAUAUUGGAUGAGUGGGGAAAAAAGAGAAAACAUGUAAGUCAUAUUGAUAUUUUGUAAGUUGUAAUUUUUUUAAUGAUAUAUUAACCUCCGCACGCCGCGGAGGCCGCGCGUCAGAUCUAGAUACCUAGGUUAUGUUAGGUAUUCUUAGUGAAAAAUAAUCAAAACAUCAAAUCGACGGUGAGGCCUUUUUGAUGAAAAAGACAUUGACUUGAAGUCAUUUUGAGUAAUUUUUUACUGAGUUACUCUUACGCGUAGCUAUCGUGCUACCUUGUCAAAUUUUAAAAUAUGCAAUUUUUCAAUAAUUCAGCUUGGUAUAUAUGUAUAUAAUUGUAUAUUUUUUUUAGAUAUAAAAGUAAAGAUUUUGCAGAAGAUGAGAAAUUAUAAAAGAAAAACAAAUCGAGCAUCUAUACCAAAAGAUAUCGUAAUGACUGCUGUGAAAGCAGUCGUAGAAGAUGGUAACAGUUGUAAAGCCAUGGCAAAAGUUUAUAAUAUACCACUGCGAAGUUUACAUACAUACUGUAAAAAAUAUAAAGAAAUAAAAGAAACAAAAGAAGCGACAACCUCUACUGAUAUUGAUAUAAAUAUAGGCUAUGACCAAUGUAAAACAAGAAGUAUUUUCACUGAAUAUCAAGAAGAAAAAUUAGAAAAAUAUCUGAUAAAAUAUAGCAAUAUUUACUUCGGCAUAUCACCAAAAGAAGCCAGAAAAUUAGCAUAUCAAUAUGCUGUUGCAAUUCAAAAUAAAGUACCUGAUAAUUGGAUGAAGAAUAAGAUGGCUGGAGAAGACUGGCUGAGUAGAUUUAUGAAAAAUCAUAAAAAACUCAAUAUAAGAACACCUAAAGAAGCCAGUUUAACGAGAGUUACUGGUUUCAAUCGUAAUAAUGCACAAUUAUUUUUUAAUAAUUUGAAAGAUAUUUUAAGACGUUUUAAUGUGCAGCCAAUUAAUACAUGGAAUAUGGAUGAAAUUGGAGUUCUUACUAUACAGAAACCAAAUAAAGUGAUAAGGAGACGUAUCGCAAAGCAAAUUUCAUUUAUGACAACUGCAAAAAAAGGACAGCAUGUUACCUUAGCAUGCACUGUAUCAGCCACUGGCGAUUCUAUUCCGCCAUUUUUCGUCUUCCCAAGAGUUCAUUUUAAGGAUUAUUUUAUUCGUUUUGGUCCCAUGGGCUGUGCUGGGGCAGCCAAUCUAUCAGGGUGGAUGAAUGAAGAUACUUUUCUUCUCUAUAUAACUCAUUUUAUAAAGUAUACGAGGCCUAGCAAAGACAAUCGUGUUUUACUUUUAUUAGAUAACCAUGAUUCUCAUUUAUCUAUAAAGGCUUUAAAUAUUGCUAAAGAAAACGGAAUUGUUAUACUGUCAUUUCCAUCACAUUGUUCAUAUAGAAUGCAGCCACUAGACAUAAGUGGUUAUGGUCCACUUAAGAAAUAUAUUAACUCUGCUAUGGAUACAUGGAUGCAUAAUAAUCAAGAGAAAAAAAUUACAAUUCAUGAUAUACCCAAAAUUAUAAAAGAUGUUCUGCCCUUGGCUUUAACGCCCUUAAACAUUACAGCAGGCUUCUCAAAAACAGGUAUUUGUCCAUUAAAUGAAAAUAUAUUCACGGUCAUGUAAACUUUGCACUGUCAUUUGUAACAGAUUGAUCUAUAUCAUGUGACGCACCAUCUCAGCAAGAAGAUGUAAUUACAGUAGCAAAUGCAGGAUAUGAAACACAAGAAAAACAGUUAACAUUAUGUCAUCUGCGUCUAUGUGUAAUUGUGGCAUUCAACAAGUCAAUAUUCCAGUCAUACAACCUACAUGUCAUUGUUGAUGGCAAGUUAAAAACUACAUAUUUAAAAGUAGAAGAAAAUUCGUUUCCACUAAUCGAAAUUAUAAUAUUUCCACUAGAAGAAUCUCCAGUAUUUAAUAUAGAAGAACUUCCAAUAAUUAAUACAGAAAAAUCAAAUGACGAUAUUAAAAAUUUAGACCGUUAGGUUUAAGCGAGAUCACAACUAUAAGAAAAAAAAUCUGCGAUUUUAACAGACAGUUCUUCUAUAAAUCUUUUAACUGCAGAGGAAAAGAGCAAAAAAGACAAAGGGCAGAAGAAGACGAAAAAGCUGAUGUGAGGAAGUGUUACCGAUGCGACGAAUUGUAUCAUAAAGAAUGUGCUGGCCUAUCUUUUAAGGAUAUGGAUGAUUUUGAGUGCCUUUACAGCUGUGAUAAGAAUUAAGAUUCUAUAAGUAUUUUUUAAGUUUUAUAAUUUUUUUGAGACCUGAUUAGAUAUAAGGGCAUGAUAAUUAUUAUUAACUAUAAAUAAUCUUAAACUUUCAAAUGUUAUGUGUUAAUAAUAGGUUUAUUAUCGUAGGCCUUAUUUUACUAUCAUAGGGCUUAUUUCCUAUUUCUGUUGUUUUUUCAAAUGAUUAUUUUUUACGUUCUUCUCGAUAAAAGUUGCGGUAUUUUAAUUUUUCUUUGUUUAUGAAACUCCAAAGAAUUAAUUUAUGAUAAAUAUUGUUGAUUACAUACAGUAUUUUUCAUUUUAUUUAAAAUUAAGUUAGCUAGGCCUUAAUACCCGCAGGUAUCUUAUAUGUGUAUAAUAUUAUCAAUAAAGUUUUAACUAUAUUUAUUAUCAAUAAAUAUUGUUAAAACUUUUAAUAUAGUUAAAUGUUGUUUAAUAUAAUUCAAACAAAAUUUAGUCAAGAUUUAUUUUCCACAGCAUUUCUGUUAAAAGAAAAAAUCCGUAAAACCGUAAAAGAAAAAACGGAAUAUGUAAUUACACAUGUGCUUUUUCUUUUAAAAGAAGAAAUACCAAAGAAUAUUUUUAUUUAUAAGAAUAUGCAGUGGAAAAUUUUCAGAAACCAAGGAGUCAUAAUUUUAGUGCAUCUAUGCUGACUUGCCCCGAGUUCCUAGCGCACCUGCCCCAGUAUUUGGGCAGGUACGCAAUCAUAUUACAUGUUGAUAUUUUAAUUAUUACAGACGAAACUAUAAAAUUUAUAGCCUCGUCAAUAGGAUUAAAAUGUUGAGGAAGAUUAGCCCUAUCAUUGCGAUAUAGUCACUUGCAAUAAUUAAAUGUUUUAAAUUAUCUUGUCACUAAAAUUCUAAAAAGUGAACCGGUUCUGGUCUUCCCUAAUUUUAUUUUAUCAAAAUACAAUUUCGCAAAAAUUAUGGUAUCAACAAUUGUUAUUAAUAAGUUUAAUAAUAAAAUUAGAGUAUAACAUUUCAAUAAAAUAAAACCUUUUUAAAAAUAAAAAGUUUUUUUCUUUAAAUUUUGUAUCCUUAACAAUUUUAUACUUACUAUUCAAUAGUAAAAAUAUAUAAUAUUUAAUAAAAUAUUAAGUAGUCUAAUGUUUAAUUGUAAAAAUCAUUUUUUUCUUCCUUUCUGAUAAUUUAAUGAAGAAAAUAAUUGCAUGAGUCGAUAAAUAUGCCAUGAAAUUUAAGAGCAGAACUCUUCUUGGACAUCUUAUAUGAUAAAAUGUGCAUGUGAUUAUAUAGAAAAUUAUGUCAUUGCAUCAGCAAUAUAUGAUGAAUCAGAUCAUGCUAUUAUAUGUGAUGUAAUUGCAGGUUGCAAAUAUAAUUUAACAAGUAAAAUAAUUGUUAGUGAUUAUCACGACUCUUUUUACUACAUUACUUAUUCUUCCAGAAAAGACAAUACUGUGAUAACAACUAUAAAAGUUAAUGUAAUAUAAAUUAAUCUAUUAAUAAGUUAUUAAUGACUUCAGACACAGUCUCUCGAAACGUGCGUAAUAAAAUAAGUCAUAGAUACAUUAAUGGAGCAUUAAAUGUCCUUUGCUCUCUUAAUUUUUGUGCAUACUUUAAUUUGUGUAAAAAAUUUUGUAAUUCUGUAAAUCUAAUUAAUAAGAUUUUUUAAAAUAAAGAAAUGUUGAUAAUUUACUAUA